AUGGCAAAAUUCCUCGCAACAAUUAAAGCCAUCCUCACGCGUUUUAUUUUUGGUGCCCACGGACUCUUGGCCAUUUGGCAGUGUGUAAUUAGUAAAGCCAAUCAAAUUUGGUGGCUCCUCGCGGCACCAAUUCUUCUUCUCGUCAUGGAGGCAAUCUUCACGCUGACAAUUAAGAAGAACCAAGAGUGGAGAUGGUUUUGCCCAUCGGUCUUCCUCUACCUCAGCAGCGUUGUACCUGCAAUAUGGCUCCUGGAAUUGGAGAAAAUGGAGCGACGAUUGAAAGUGAUUGGAGAUGAAAUUCCAAUUCAGGCGCCAAACUUUAAGCAAUUGGAUAAAAUUCUGGGAACUCAGCUAAAGAUUCCCGACAUAAAGGUGGACACGGGGACGUGGAUAACGUUGAUUGAGCAAUUUCUCAUGCUCAUCCUGAUCGUUGGACGAUGGAUGCUCCCAAAGGGGGAUUUAACGAGGGAUCAACUGAGUCAGCUACUUCUCGUCUAUAUUGGCACAGCGGCGGAUAUCAUUGAAUUCUUUGACUCCUUCAAAGACAACACAAUUGCCAAUGAUCGCCUUCUUGUACUCCUCACACUGGGAAUUUGGUCCUGGAGUCUCUUGCAAUUUACCAUCGUUCUCUCAGCGACGAGAGCUCGCAAACCACGAGGAUCUGGAAGUGGGAUGUCAACCUACGACCACGACUGCUGCUGCUGCACCUGCUGCAGUAUUGACGCAUGGGGGAUUGCUUUGAAUAUUCUCCUUCAGGAUGCUCCCUUCCUUGCCUUCCGGCUUCUCAUCAUCAUUCACUACAAUAUCAUCUCAUACAUGAAUGUCUUCUUUACCUGCAAGAACACACUCGUGAUUCUCCUCCAGCUGUAUCGAUUGUACGUCGUGCACACGGAGAAUAGGAAGUUGAAGGCAAAUAGGAGGCACCAGCAGGAGAGACGGAUGAAUGACAUCUACAUAAUUUCGAGUGGCAAGCAUGAUGAGAGCAAGAAAAAGUCUCGAAGGAAUGUUGAAAGCGAUGGCAGUGAAAUUGAGGAGAAGCAUGAACUCGAGAGGCGAAGGUAUAAAAAUAGACAUGCAUCGUCUGGCAAAAAAGAUACCGGCUACUCAACUGCAAGCUCCCAGACGACACUCACGUCCAAAUCCAAUGAGGAGUCCCAUCGUGCUUCUCGGUUGGGUGGCAAAAUGAAGAGAUCCAGCCACAAGAGCGACUUAUCGCCAGCACGGAGCUCCAAGUCGAAGCGAAAGCACACAAUUGACAGUGAAAAGAAGCACCGCCGGAGAUGUGAAUCCGCGGAUUACGAAAAGAGUCGUGGGCGGAGGAAACAUCGUCGGGAUGUGGAGCCAGUUAAAGAGGAGGACUCCAAAUCCAAUGCAAGUGAGGAAUCCAUUCGUUUUAAAGUGGUCACUGAGAAGAAAUCCCGAAAGAAGCCAAAGCUCUCCGUAUCAACGGAAUCCGAAUCAUCGGCGUCGCAGUAA